CCUGACCAUUUGUUUGACAGUAAUACAGAUUCUUUAUUUCACCGUGCAGGUUUCCGUCUAUUGAAUAAAUAAAAAUCGGACUUCGUACUUUGCGACUGUGGUUGAAGAGUGCUGCGGGUAUGUAUGUUCACAUAUCGUUCCUUCAAGCAGUUGAUAAAUCACUGUAAAUCAAUAAACUAUAUGAAUAAUUAAAUAAUUCUAGUAAUGAGACGAUAAAUGCGUGGGCAGUGAAAGAAGGAGGCAACAAAACAAUCGUAAACUAUACUAACUAAAUAAAAUCAAACAAAAGGGAUUUUAAGAGAAUACUUGAAGGAUUUUCGGAACACCGUUUAGCGUUAAACAACAACAAAAAAUGUUCAGCCGACUACGUGAUUUCGCCACACGUCACCGACGAAAAUUUUUAGUAACAGGCGUGUUAGUUGGAGGCACAUACGUAGCUAUCAAAUAUGCACAGCGAAAACUUAUUGAAUAUCAAACGCGACAAGCUCGCGAAUUUUUCGAAAAGACAAAGCGUAUGCAACAUUUUGAAACGACAGAACAUACCUGCAAUAAGGUAAUAAUUGGAAUGGGCACAGAAUUAUAUGCAGCCAUAAUACGUGAAUGCAAUACCAACGCAUUGCUGGAUCAACUUCGUCAGAAUCCACCGAAUAAACUAGAAUUGUGGGAAGAAAUGAAGAUAGUCGCGUUCACGCGUCUGACAACAUUCAUUUAUGCUUCAUCGAUGUUAGUCAUUGCCUUGCGUGUACAAAUGAAUUUGCUUGGCGGUUACUUAUACCAAGACGUCACGUUGGAAAGAAAACAAAUCGCAGAAGAACUGAAACAACAGUAUCUCUCACUCAUUGGUUACUUCAUACAUGAUGGUGGCUUAAGUGAGCUAAUACGUGUAAUACGUGCCAAAGUUCUUGUUGUUAUGAAGACAUUGCCGCUGUCGAAGCGUUUUAGUCUUUCAGAUAUAGAACAGCUCUUCUGGACGCUACAAAUGGCCAUCAAUAGCGAUGUCGGCGAUCCCAUUGCAAAAAUGGCGGCGUACUUAUUGCCGCCACAAAUGCCAGAAUAUAAUACAGUGGGACCACUACUGCAAAAAAUGUACAAUGAAACCUUAGACUUGUUAGAGAGCGACGAUGCUUCAAGUGUUUGCUCGAACAGCAUCUGUCGAGGCUUUUCCUUGACGGUAGAUGCCAUUGCAGAAAGUAUUGGCGAGACAUUAUCGCAAGCGCAAAAGGCUACAGCAAGCGAAGAAAAUAAAACCACACAAAAAGGCGAUGGUGGCGACGUGGCAACUGCGAAUAGUGUACUCGGCAUAAACAGCGUAGAAAUGGCGUUAGCUAAACUUAUACCGAUUGUAAGCGGUUUAACGUCCCAAGGAUUCGAUGAAAAAUCACGUCCACAGAAUUUAGCGACCUCGUUGAUCACAUUUUAUAUGGUUGAUGAGAAGAGCAAAGUAUUUGGUGCGAAUGUGUAUGAAACGUUUAGCUCCACAUAAAUAUAUUUAUUGUGAAAUGUAAUACAAUAAAUAGGAGGCCUUUGAAGCGCAAACCUAUUUUUGACUGUUUGAAGAAAAUUUAAGUUUUUAAAUGUUUUGUUUGCAAUAGCAAAAAUGUACCUAUAAAAGCUUGUAACUUUAAAACUAGCUUUUAAUGACGACAGCAGUAAGCAAGAUAACAAGAAAAUUUUGUGAAGAUUAGUUAGACCGCAGUAGAAUUUUAUAAAUUCACUAGCGCAGAUGCAUUGAAAAUGGUAUUAGGGUAAAAAUAGAUUGUAACAUUAUAUGUACUCAAAUUUUCAGUAAUGUUAAACGAAAUAAGCCGUCAUUCAAACAAAUUUGUAUAAAAUACUUAAGUGCUACACAAUAUAACAUUUUAAUCGUUGAACUAAACAACGCUGCAGUGAAUUGUAAAAAAUAGUUGAGCAUUUUUUUUAUGAAAAAGCAUUCAUUCCAAAAAAUUCAUACAUAUGUAUCGCAGAAGGAACUGUCCAUGAUAAUUUAUUUAUUGCUAUAAUUUUUUUAACGGAUGUGUAUUACAUAUGUAACUUAUUAUUUGGCGCUAUAAAUUUUUAAAUAAAAUAUGUAUUAUAUAAAUCAA